ACCAUUAAAUUGAACUAAAUAAAAUUCGUUCAAGCGGCCACACAACAUUUUCAUGCCCAUAGUUUGUUGUAUAGGGAGAGAUUAAAGAUGAAAUUUUGGGGUGUGUCUUCAAUACUAUUCCUCAUCUUAUUAGUUUUAAAGGAGAUUAGGGCGGGGAAGGAGGAAAAUGGGUGGGUGACGACCCAAGGUGUGCAGUUCAUGUUAAACGGAAGCCCGUUUUAUUCGAACGGGUUCAAUGCGUACUGGUUAAUGGUCGUUGCCUAUGAUGUAAAAGAGAGAUCCAAGGUCACAGAAGUUUUCAAACAAGCCCAAAUGUACAACCUCACCAUUGUUAGAACUUGGGCUUUUAACGACAAUCCCGGGAAUUUUUCCUUGCAGUCCAGCCCCGGCGUCUACGAUCAAACCAUGUUUCAGGGGCUGGAUUAUGUGAUAUCCGAGGCUGGGAAAUAUGGGAUAAAGCUGAUCUUAAGCUUGGUUAACAACUAUGAUGAUUACGGGGGGAAGAAACAGUACGUGAGAUGGGUAUACCCUGACCGGAACUUGUCUGCUGUUUCGAAUGCUUCCGAUGAGUUCUUCACUGAUGAGAAUGUCAAACAGUUGUACAAGAAUCACGUUCAGGCUGUGCUUACGAGGAACAACACCAUUAGUGGUGUUGUAUACAAGGAUGAUCCUACUAUAAUGGCUUGGGAGCUCAUGAAUGAACCUAGAUGUCCCUCCGAUGUGUCUGGAAACACCCUGAAAAAAUGGAUAGCGGAAAUGGCUGGCUACUUGAAAUCCAUCGAUGCUAAUCAUCUACUAGAAGUUGGGCUGGAAGGCUUUUAUAAUCCAUCAAAUGGCUACAAAAAUCAGGGACUGCCUUAUUAUCAAGUGGGGACUGACUUCAUCAGCAAUAAUCAAAUCCCUGAGAUCGAUUUCACCACAGCUCACCUUUAUCCAAUCGCAUGGUUGAGGAAUGGGUCAAGUGAUGAAGAGCAAGUGGAAUUUCUGAAAAAAUGGAUUAAAGUCCACAUCGAUGACGCGCAGAACACUACUCUUCUUCACAAACCUAUGCUCUUGGCCGAGUUUGGGAAGCAUGAGCAGGAUCCCGGUUACAGCGUCGCAAAGAGGGACAAUUUCAUGAGGACCGCUUACACAGCCAUGUACUCAUCCGCCAAGGCCGGAGGUGCGGCGGCCGGCAGCUUGUUCUGGCAAAUUAUGGUCGAAGGUUUGCCUAAUUACAAGGAUGGGCUUUCGAUCAUCCUCAGCCAGAAUACCUCCACAAAUUACAUUAUAUAUGAAGAGUCACAGCGGCUCGCUGAGCUUAGUAAAAUGUAUGCAAUGCUUAAAAACGAGGAGUGGAAGAAAAUGAAGAAGAACACUAAGGGGGCAACCGCCAGAGAAAUCCAUGGAAAUGGCAACGGCAAUUGAUCAAAGAAGAAGGAGAUGGAGAAGGAGAAGAAAGUCACAUGCAUGCAAGAGAUUCUACCACAUUAAUUAAUUAAAGAAAAGAAAAUUAACUGUCGUAUGAUUAAAACUAGACAGGUUUCCCAAUGUAUGACUUACUCUUUAUUUUUCCGAGUCUAAUGCAUCAAUGCCAUGUAUGGUGAUGUAUUAUUAUUUUUCUUUUUUCUUAUUCCAUCAUUGCCCUCAAAUGCUCAAUACAUUAACAUAGGGUGAAACAUUUCCCUUGUUUUUCGGCUACAUGAUAGGCCAUAUACUACGUGUAUUAAUUAAUACUCCUAAAAAAGUU